GAUACAUUGCAAUACCUGGUGGCGGCCGUCAUCGGGAUGAUUAGCAGUACGAAUAUGGCGGUUGCGAGUGCGCAAAAUAACGCGGAUGGUGUUAAACCCAAGCACGGGAAAGUUAUUUUGUUACUAGAGAACUGCAUUUUGCCGCCCGAGAGACUGCUUUCAACCCCUUCAAAUGCCGACGGAUUGGACAGCAACGCCGAGACCGACCUGAGGAUACUGGGAUGUGAGCUCAUUCAAACGUCCGGCAAGCUGCUACGGCUACCUCAGGUUGCAAUGGCGACUGGUCAAGUGCUGUUCCAUAGGUUCUAUUUUUCCAAGUCUUUCGUCCGUCACAGCAUGGAGAUUGUGGCCAUGGCAUGUAUAACGCUAGCGUCCAAAAUCGAAGAGGCACCCAGGAGAAUAAGGGAUGUGGUCAACAUCUUCCACCACAUCAAACAAGUUAAGGGAGCAAAAACCAUACAGCCGCUGAUUCUAGACCAGAAUUACAUUAACCUCAAGAACCAAGUGAUAAAGGCUGAGAGAAGGGUGCUGAAGGAGCUUGGCUUCUGCGUCCAUGUCAAGCACCCACACAAGAUUAUUGUCACGUUAUUGCAAGUGUUGGACUGUGAGAAGAAUAUGAAGUUGAUGCAGGCAGCCUGGAACUACAUGAACGACAGCCUGCGCACUGACAUCUUUGUCCGCUACAGUCCCGAGACGAUAGCCUGUGCCUGCAUUUACCUCAGUGCAAGGUUGCUACAGAUUGCACUGCCCAACCAGCCUCCGUGGUAUGCAGUCUUUAAUGUUCAAGAGGAGGACAUCCAGGACACCUGCAGAAGGAUUCUGGGCAUCUACUGUAGAAAGCCCGACGCGGAGGCCCUGGAGAAGAAAGUCGAGGAGCUGAAGAAAGCACACAUGGAAGCCAAGCUGCGGGCCAAGCUAGCCUCGGGAAUCUCAACACCUACCCUCGGUAAUGGCUCCAGCUUUUCACCUAGCUCUAGGAACACAGAUUCACCGCGGCAGUCGCCCAUACUAGACUCGACGACGAAAAAGAAGGAAGAAGCAAAACCUGCAGUUGAGCGAAGUCCCAGGGUGGACCGCACUGCCUCCAACCACAUUCCUGGAACGGGGACCAAGCGGAAAGCCAGCCCGUCGUCGCCAUCCUCUUCCCCGGUGCGCAGCCGGAAGGAGAACUCUCGCCAGGGCCACUCCAGCUCGUCGAGCAAUGGCAGCAGUCCUCCUUCCUUGGCCGCCCCUACCCGAGGACGCACCCCACCUCGGAGCUACAAGGAUUCUGGCUCGGGGUUGAGCUCUCCCGUUAGGUCCAAGCUUGAAGAUGGACGGUCCAAAGACAGCUCCAACUCAAAGCGACACAGUUCUCACAAGCGGAAGCGUAGCGCCUCUUCGCGUUCUCGCAGCCGGUCCCCAUCACACAGGCAUGGCAGCAAGAAGAGCUCAUCCAGCAGCCACCGGUCAUCGCGGCACAAGUCAUCACCCGGCCAUAGCGAACACAAUCACCGCCGUCACCGCUCUUCGUCCAAAAAGGAGCGCUCCAGGGAAGGCCGGAACCAUCGUACAGCCAUAACAGCCCGGAGGUGAAAGG